AUGAGGAGCAAGAUUAUCGAUUUGCAAGAAGGAUAUAUCAAGAUAAUUGAGUUGGAUAAAGGAUGGUCUUACAUGCUUACUGGUGUUACCAAGCUGAUAAAGAUUCUAGAAGGCGAGGAUGAGCCAGGAUUUGACUCUUAUCACUAUAUGCAUCUUUACACGACUGUCUACCAUAUGUGCGUCCAGAAACCUCCUUAUGAUUACGCAGAGCAGCUUUAUGAUAGGUAUCGUCAAGUAAUCGAAGAUUAUGCUAAGCAAACGGUGUUAGUAUCUUUAAAUGAGAAGCAUGAUGAGUAUAUGUUGAAAGAGCUUGCUCAGAGGUGGUCUAAUCAUAAAGUUAUGGUUAGAUGGUUAUGCCGCAUCUUCUUCUAUAUUGACCGUUACUUCAUUGCACGGAGAUCCCUUCCACCACUCAACGAAGUUGGCAUGAGUUGCUUCCGCGACCUGGUUUACUGUGAGUUGCGGUCCAAGGCCAAAGAUGCUAUGCUAGCACUCAUUCAUAGAGACCGCGAGGGCGAACAGAUUGAUAGGGAAAUAUUGAAAAAUGCAUUAGCUGUCUAUGUUGAGAAUGUGAAUGGGAAAAUGAAAAAUUAUGAAGAGGAUUUUGAAACUUUUAUGCUUCAAGAUACUUUAGCUUACUAUUCUCGCAAGGCGUCAAGCUGGAUCCAGGAUGAUUCUUGCCCUGAAUACAUGCUAAAGUCUGAAGAGUGUCUGAAAAAAGAGAGGGAAAGAGCUACUCACUACCUUCAUUCAAAGACUGAGCCUAAAGUAAUUGAGAUAGUACAAAAUGAAUUGUUGGUAGUGUUUGCAAAACAGCUUAUAGAAAAUGAGCACUCAGGGUGCCUCGCAUUGCUAAGAGAUAACAAGAUGGAUGAUCUCUCGAGGAUGUUCAGGCUUUAUCGUUCAAUUCCACAAGGGUUGGCACUUGUUGCAGACAUAUUCAAGAAGUAUGUUACUGCAGAGGGCAAUAUCUUUAUCAAACAAGCCGAAGAUGCAGAUACUGAUCAGGAACAUGAAGCAAGGCUUCUGGUGCUUAUCAGAAUUGUAAUUGAGCUACACAAUAAAUUCGUGGUCUAUGUCACUGAGUGUUUUCAGAACCAUAUCCUCUUUCAUAAGGCAUUGCAAGAGGCUUUUGAAAUAUUCUGUAACAAAAAAUUGGCUGGAAGUUCCAGUGCAGAAUUACUUGCAACGUUGUGCGAUAAUCUUCUCAAGAAGGGAGGAAAUGAGAAGCUGAGUGAUGAAGCUAUUGAAGCUACGCUUGAGAAUGUAGUUAAGUUCCUUGUUUAUUCAAGUGAAAGAGAUCUUUUUGCCGAGUUUUAUAGGAAGAAGCAAGCCCGUAGGCUCUUAUUUGAUCGAUGUGCUAAUGACGAACAUGAAAGAAGUAUAGUUACAAAGCUCAAAGAACAAUUCGGCUCAGUUUUUACUUCCAAGAUGGAGGGCAUGGUGACUGAUAUGUCAUUGGCAAGAGAAAGUCAGAGCAGCUUCGAGGAGUAUCUAACUUCUAACAUGACCGCAAACCCGGGGAUUGAUUUGACCGUCACUGUUCUUACCUCUGGUUUCUGGCCAAGUUACAGAACAUGUGACCUCAAGCUACCCAGUGAAAUGGCCAAGUGUGUUGAAGUUUUCAAGGCAUUUUAUGAAAUGAAAACCAAACAGCGGAGACUUCAAUGGAUUUAUUCUCUGGGAACUUGUCACAUUAUUGGAAAAUUCGAUCAAAAACCAAUCAAAUUAAUUGUCUCUAUCUACCAGGCUGCUGUGCUUUUGCUUUUCAACAACACCGAAAGAUUAAGCUACGAUGAGAUGUUGGAACAACUUAACCUUAGCCAUGAAGAUCUUGCGAGGCUGCUUCAUUCACUGUCAUGCGCAAAGUACAAGAUUCUUAACAAGGAACCAAUGUCAAAAAGCAUCUCACGAACCGAUGUUUUCGAGUUCAACUCCAAGUUCACCGAUAGAAUGCGGAGAAUUAAGAUCCCACUUCCUCCAAUGGAUGAGAGGAAGAAAGUAGUUGAGGAUGUUGAUAGAGAUCGACGCUAUGCGAUUGAUGCAUCUCUAGUGCGGAUCAUGAAGAGCAGAAAAGUGUUGGAUUAUCAACAGUUAGUCUCUGAGUGUGUUGAGCAUCUCAGCCGAAUGUUCAAGCCUGAUAUUAAGAUGAUAAAGAAACGGAUUGAGGAUUUGAUCAGCAGAGAUUAUUUGGAGAGGGACAGCAAAUAUCCUAACAUUUUAAAGUACUUGGCUUAG